GGAGUGCCGAGCAAGAUGGCGGCGCGCAGCCGUCCGGAGCGGCGAGCGCGCAGGCGUGCGGCGCGGGGGGGCGCGGCCCAAGAUGGCGGCGCCCUGAGCCGAGCCAUGGCGGCGCCGGGAGAGGCCCCGGGAGAGGCGCUCCGGGCCGUGCUCCGGCCCAGCGCGGCCCUCCCGGCCGAGGCCCUCCCGGUGCGCGGCUACGACUUCUCGGGCGGCGCGGACCACGCGGCGCUGCUGCGCUCCUUCCGCACCACCGGCUUCCAGGCCACGAGCUUCGCGCAGGCCGUGGCGGAGAUCGAGCGGAUGAUCGCCGCCAAGCUGGAGCCGCUGAGCGCGGAGCAGCGGGAGCGAGCGGCCAUGGCCGGGCCGCGGCCGCCCUCGGGCUGCACCAUCUUCCUGGGCUUCACCUCCAACCUCGUCAGCUCCGGCGUCAGGGAGAGCAUCCGAUACCUCGUGCAGCGCGGCAUGGUGGACGUGCUGGUGACCACGGCCGGGGGGGUCGAGGAGGAUCUCAUCAAGUGCCUGGCGCCCACCUUCAUCGGGGACUUCCAGCUGCGGGGCCGGGAGCUGCGCGAGAACGGCAUCAACAGGAUCGGGAACCUGCUGGUGCCCAACGAUAACUACUGCAAGUUCGAGGACUGGCUGAUGCCCAUCCUGGACACGAUGGUGGACGAGCAGGACACGCAGGGCGUGCGCUGGACGCCGUCGCGGGUGAUCGCCCGGCUGGGCAAGGAGAUCAACAACCCCGACUCCAUCUGCUACUGGGCCCAGAAGAACAACAUCCCGGUGCUGAGCCCCGCGCUCACCGACGGCUCCCUGGGCGACAUGAUCUUCUUCCACUCCUACAAACGCCCGGGGCUCGUGCUGGACAUCGUGGAGGACCUGCGCCUCAUCAACACCCAGGCCAUCUUCGCCCACAAGACUGGCAUGAUCAUCCUGGGCGGGGGCCUGGUCAAGCACCACAUCGCCAACGCCAACCUCAUGAGGAACGGCGCCGAUUUCUCCGUCUACGUCAACACGGCGCAGGAGUUCGACGGCUCUGACUCGGGCGCGCGGCCGGACGAGGCCGUGUCCUGGGGCAAGAUCCGCGUGGACGCCACCCCCGUCAAGGUCUACGCCGACGCCUCGCUCGUGUUCCCGCUGCUCGUGGCUGAGACAUUCGCCCGGAGCGCCGACGCCUUCGCGGUGCCCGCGGGGACCCCCGAGGCCUGAGAGACCCCCGAGGCCUGAGGGACUCCCGAGGCAUGAGGGACCCCCGAGGCACGAGGGACUCCUGAGGCAUGGGACCCCCGAGGCACGAGGGACCCCCAGGGCCUGAGGGACCCCCGAGGCAUGAGGGACCCCCGAGGCCUGAGAGACCCCUGAGGCUUGGGGGACCCCCGUGGCACGAGGGACCCCCAAGGCCUGAGGGACCCCUGAGGAAUGAGAGACCCCCAAGGCCUGGGGGAUCCCCGAGGCAUGAGGGACCCCCAAAGCCUGAGAGACCCCUGAGGCCUGAGGGACCCCUGAGGAAUGAGGGACCCCCGAGGCCUGGGGACCCCUGAAACCUGGGAACCCUCCCUUGAGGGACCCCCAAAACCUGGGGACCCCCUCGGGACCCCGCCCCGGGCUCAGCUUUGGGUGUGCUGCGCCUCGAAGGUGGAGGACAGUGGGGCGAGUCCCCCUGGGGGGGACAGGGGCCCCCCACUCCUGCACCCCCUGUCCGUGUGUCCCCCUCCCCUCAGUGCUGUGUUUAUUUAUUCGAGCUCCCAAUAAAGCACGGCAGGGUCUCCA